CAUUGGUCAACUCCACAUGUCUGCUGAUGUGCCGGUUUGGGGUGUUUUUUGAUUUCGUAACUAACAUUGUUUUGCAUCUGUAGGGUAACAUUGUUGUGUAUGUUAGUUAGAGCGACUCUACCGGGACACAAGGUGCUAUUCAGGCCAGCUAACUUAAAUUUAACCGGUGGCAAACGCAUCUCGACGAAGCUACAGCGUUACAUUUGCCUUACCUGGCUAACCGGAGCUAACGUCAGCUAGCUGCUCAGCACCACUCAUUACGUUAUUCACAUUAGUGUUAUGAUGGGCGAGGAAAUCAACGAUAACCUUAUAAAUACAGACUGCGAAACUGCUAAUACUACCGGUGUUGAAGAAAUACCCGAAACUGUAGAAGGUGGCGUCAAAUAUUACACAUCAGAAGAUAUAAGAGUACAUAAUAUUAGCAGUGACACAUGGCUCAUAAUCCACGAUAAAGUAUAUGACGUCACAAGUUUCAUUGAAGAGCAUCCUGGAGGGGAGGAGGUUUUGUUGGAGCAGGCGGGUGCAGACGCCACAGAGAGCUUUGAGGAUGUGGGUCACUCCACAGAUGCCAGGGAGAUGCUUGAGCAGUACUACAUUGGGGAGCUUCACAUGGAUGACAGACAGAAGGAGAAUGAGAAGGACGCACCUGACACAAAUUCAGGAGAGUCCUGCACUUCCUGGACCACAUGGUUGAUACCAGCUGUCAUUGCAACCGUUGUUGGAAUCGUGUAUCGCUACUACAUUUUGGAACACAAAUCCUCCUGAGUGCUGACAUCGUGUUUUCAUUAUUUUUUUUUGUUUCAUCUGGAGGCCUUGAAAUGUUUGACCAAAACCUCCCGACACUGAAGGCACAGAGUUAGGAGGGAGUGCAUCUUCUGCAAUGAGAAACGGAGGGGAGCAGUUUGAUAGAGUACUAUUGUUCUUGUCCGUCUACAUAAGUGCACCAAAUAGACAGUCGGACAGAGACUUUAUUAAAUUGUCUGCCUUCAGUUUCUAUUCGUGUUUUCAUGUCAAUGUUCUUUCACUUAAACCUUUAUAUGCAUUUGACCCGGUUCGGUUUUUGUGCAUUCAUAACUCGUUUGCCUCCUUAGAGACAAUUAGGUUUUAUAUCUUGGUAUGCAUAGAUAAUUAUUAUACAGAUACAAAGAUAGACACAAUGGACAUAUCCAAGGGGAUUUCAGAAUGCAAAUUGGUCAUAAAAUCAAGGUAAUAGUAUUUUUUAUGCAGAAUUACAUUACAGCUACUUUUUAUAAAGCACGAACCGUUACUACUGCCUCAUUCUCAAUACAUUAUUCCCUGCACUCCUCACACACUUCCUGUGUUAAACAAUGCUUGAUUACAUUGAUCUAUUUGUUGUGAAUGCAUAAUUAUUCUAAUGAUGCAAUUGCUGUGUCAUGUCUGUGUAGUCCUUUUUGAAAAAAGUGGUGAAUUAUAUUGUACGAGUAAUUAUUUAAGGUAGACGAUUUCCAUUUUCUACAGUUAAGUCAUCAAAGUAGUUAAAAUUCUCAAACGGAUCAGUAGAACAUGAAUUGAUGUACUAUGUAACCAUAAAAUAUUUCUUAAUCCUGAUCUAACAAGAAACUGAAUGACUGAGUGAAUACCCUUAAGAAGUCUAACAUGUUAUGUCAUUGUUCUAUUGUAACAUUUAUUUGUUCUUCACUAUGCCAAUUGUUAUUUAAGUGAUUCUUUUUGACAACUUUGAUUCAUUGUAAUGCAUCUUAAUGUUUUGGGUGAAUGGUACUGGCCACUGUCUCUUGAGGGUUUGAAUAUUGAAUGAGGUCCGUCUUUUGUUAUCAGAGCCAUAGUUGGUCACUAAACGUAUUUAACAACCUUGUAAAACCAGUCAUCCUGCAAGAUUGAAGCAUUGUGCUUCAUAUGAUUCAAAAAUCAUUAUACAACUACAAAGACAUACAAUUUGAAGUCUGUUUACCACCUGUAGGUUUAGUUUUUCUCAGUAUAACUUGCUGUUAUUUUUACAUACGACUACAAUAUUUCUUGCCGGUUUCAUCAUUGGAUUGGUUUACUGUUUGCAUUUUUAACUGCUUUUUCCUGUCAUUAAAAGUCUAAAUAAAAUGUAUCUUUCAAAAAACA